AUGCUGCUCGUGGCCGCCGGGCUCCUGCUCGCCGUAGCUGCGGGCGGGCGGGGGUCGCCGGCCGGGGAGCAGGAGAGCCCGCCGGGCAGCCGCUUCGUUUGCACCUCGCUGCCGCUGGACGCCGCCGGCGCGGGCUGCCCGCUGCCCCCCGUGCCCAUGCAGGGCGGCGCGCUGCCCCCCGAGGAGGAGCUCAAAGCCACGGUGCUGCAGCUGCGGGAGACCGUCCUGCAGCAGAAGGAGACCAUCGGGAGCCAGCGGGAGGCCAUCCGGGAGCUCACCGGGAAGCUCAGCCGCUGCGAGGGCACCGACGGCAAGUCCGCCGCGGGGGCGUGGAAGAACGAGGUGGGCAAGGGCAAGGACACGAUGGGCGACCUGCCGCGUGACCCGGCGCAGGUGAUCGACCAGCUGAGCCGCACCAUGCAGACCCUGAAGGACCGGCUGGAGAGCCUGGAGCACCAGCUCCGGGCCAACGUGUCCUAUGCAGCCCUGCCCAGUGACCUGCGGGAGAUGCUCCAGCGGCGCCUCGGGGACCUGGAGCGCCAGCUCCUGAGCAAAGUGGCUGAGCUGGAGGAUGAGAAGUCUCUGCUUCACAACGAGACCUCUGCCCACCGGCAGAAGACAGAGACAGCCUUGAAUGCAUUGCUAGAAAGAGUGUCUGAAUUGGAGAAAGGUAACAGUGCAUUUAAGUCACCUGAUGAAUUCAAAGUCUCCCUUCCUCUUCGCACAAACUACCUGUAUGGGAAGAUCAAGAAGACUCUGCCAGAGCUCUAUGCUUUCACUGUGUGCUUGUGGCUCAGGUCAAGUGCUUCUCCUGGAAUUGGCACUCCGUUCUCAUAUGCUGUUCCUGGGCAAGCCAAUGAAAUUGUCCUCAUAGAAUGGGGGAAUAAUCCAAUUGAACUUCUAAUUAAUGAUAAGGUUGCUCAGCUCCCUCUCUUCAUCAGUGAUGGAAAAUGGCAUCAUAUCUGCAUAACAUGGACAACCAGAGAUGGAAUGUGGGAAGCUUUUCAAGAUGGAGAGAAGCUGGGCACUGGGGAGAAUCUUGCUCCUUGGCAUCCAAUUAAACCUGGAGGUGUCCUAAUCCUGGGUCAGGAACAGGACACAGUAGGAGGAAGAUUUGAUGCAACUCAAGCCUUCGUUGGGGAGAUGAGCCAGUUCAAUAUAUGGGACAGGGUCUUAAAAGCUGAAGACAUCAUGAAUAUUGCCAACUGCUCUAUUAAUAUGCCUGGCAACAUCAUCCCCUGGGUCGAUAACAACGUGGAUGUGUUUGGAGGUGCUACUAAGUGGCCUGUGGAGACAUGUGAAGAACGUCUGCUUGACUUGUAGCUGUGAUCACUUCCCAUCCAAGUGCCCCCUUUAGCAGGACAAUCUUCUGUGCAAUCUAAAGCACUUAUUUUUCUCCUUGCCCUUCCCCAGUCUUAACUCCUUGAAAGAAUAAAAAAAAAAAAAUGAGUAAACUGCCUCAGUGCAAAGAUAGCUGCUAGUUUGGGGCAUUGAGCCUGGCUAUGAAAUGAGCACUUCUUGGCUAGAGCAGCCCUUGCUUUCUUAUGG